AGUGUUGAUGUGACAGACAUGAAGAACCUGGACCAGUAUGGACGAAAUCACCUGGAGAGUCUGUUCUGUGCAGCCCUGUCCAGUCUGUUGUUGGUUCUACUGGGACUGCUGGGCUCGGUCCACGGCUGUCCCGGUGGAUGCACCUGCUAUGGUAAUACCACUGACUGCUCUGCUGUCGGCCUCCUCUCUCUGACACCGGUCCUGGCACUGCUGGACCAGGACUCCCUGAUCCUCCGCCUACCCCAGAACAACCUCUCCUCGCUGGGCACAGUGGAGCUGUCCAAUCUCAGCAGCCUGGAGCUCCUGGAUCUUUCCCAGAACCACUUUUCCACCCUGCAGCCUGGAGCGUUCUCAGGACUGAGCGGCCUGCGCUGGCUCAACCUCUCCACCAACUACCUCGGGGCGCGCCUGGCCCCCUCUGACCCCAACAACAGCUCAGAGGCUGCCCAGGGCUUGAAUGGAAGUCAAGGGAGCACUGGCCUGAGCAAGGAGGUUUUCAAGGGGUUGAGGCGGCUGCGAGGGCUUGACCUGUCCUCCAAUGGCCUACUGUGGCUGCCUAAGGGACUGCUGGAUGGGCUUCACAGACUCGUCUGGCUGUCCCUGGCCAGCAACCAGCUCACAGCUCUGGACAGAGUCACCUUCGAGCCCCUGGUGGGGCUACAGCAGCUCCAGCUGGCGGGAAACCCCUGGGAGUGCGACUGCAAGCUGAGGGACUUCAAGCACUGGAUGGAGUGGUUGAUUUACAGGGAUGGGCAGGUAGAUGCGAUGCAGUGCAGUCUCCCGGGGGAUUUGAAGGGCAGGGACAUCCGCAGCGUGCCGGCAGAGAUGUUCAACUACUGCCUGCAGAGCCCGACCAAGGAGGGCUCGUCAGGUUACGCCACCCGGCCUCCCUGCCCACCCGGCCGGGUCAGCAGCAAUGAGGAAUGUGUUCGCCAGCGCUACCGGCCCAUCAGCGUUCGCCGGGCACACGGCACGCAAAUUGUUGCGGGCGUAGUUUGCGGCACAGUGUGUGUCAUGAUGGUGGUUGCGGCGACUUACGGCUGCGUCUACGCCUCGCUGAUGGCGCGUUACCAGAGGGAGAUGAAGAGCCGCGGCCAGCCUCUGAUGGCCGAGUCCGGAGCCGACACUGACCUGGAGGACGGGCAAUCCCCGACCUCGCCAGAGGAGACGCCGCCUAAAGAGGCCUGUGGCAUUGUCCACGGGUAUCGAAUCAGCAGCUUCUGA